CACGCCUAGGAAGCGACGGCCAACCAAAAGUAUGGAGCGAAACCCACACUUGGGCAGUAAAGGCCACUGCCUGUUAUAUCGAUACAUUCAGUUCUGACAUCGGCACCACAGCGCUCGUCAGCUAAAACUGCGACGAAAAUCAGUGACCUGUUUGAAAUUUCUAUGGCCAUAUUCGUAGAACAUCCAUAGAAGGAUAUGUCCCGGCUAACUGUAACAAAUUUCAACAAAAGGACUGGCAGCCCGUUUCAAGGCAAGAGCAAGGAACCAUCACCGGAAACCACGAGGACAUUUCACGAAGAUGUCUUGGAGAAGACGCAGUAUGAGAAGCAGAAGGAGAAGCAGAGUGAGCUGUUGCAGAAAGUAACCAAGAAAACAGCAGAAUACCAAUCGGGUAAACCCAGUUCAGGUGUAUUUACAGAGGUGGUUACUCAUGGAGCUUUUACUUCAAAAACUAAUAAAGAGAAGACACCACCAGUAGAUAAUGCAGCGCUUAAUAAGGGUUCAAACGGUUCCAAUGGAUCGAAACCACUCCUUGGCUUUCCGUCAUCAGCUAAUGAUUUGGCCCUUGAUGCCAAAACAGAUCUAGAAUCAGAUCAAAACAUUUCAAAAGAAGUCAAAGAUAAAGUUAUUCAAAAACUAUUUAAACUCGUCUCCAUGGUUCAGCACACGUAUGAAUCAAAAGUGAGGAUAAUGACGGAAUUCGAUAAAUUUAAGGACACCCAUUUGAAAGCUGAAGUGAGAAGAGAAAAGGAGUAUUCGGAACAAUUGUAUAAAUUGAACAUGAAUUUCCAAAACGAAGUUAUUCAAGCCAUACAGAGGCUCAAAAGUGAAAUAGAUAUUACUAGAAAUGCUUUGGAUGAUUUAGAACAAUGUAGUGCCAGUGAGAAUAAAAAUAAUUCUGUUACUGUUGAUUUCAAUACGCAUAUGGUGGAGGGCUUAUCUUACAACAAGCCAUCUGGUGAUGUUGAUGUAAAUAUUGAAAAUAAAAGUGAACAAGAGACAAAUGAUCAGUGUUAACCAUGUAAAUAAUUAAUUUAUAUCAUUUGUAUGUUAUGUUUUAUUCGAAUGAAUGUGGUGAAGGAGAAAUAAAUAAAAUCAUUCGGU